AUGCUUGCCGAUGCUACCAUCUUGGUCGCGGUGCUCGGGGCUCUCGUCCCGGCUCAUGCAGCCGCCUUGACAUUGGAACACCGCUCCCUUAGCAGCGGUAACUCGGUUGCAACACCUGCCUAUUGGGACGUCUACGGCUAUCUCUUCAACGUCACCGUUGGUUCACCUCCCCAGGAGCUUACGAUGCUUAGCGACAUGACAUGGAUGGCUCUCUUUGUGCGAUCUGGGCGAUGUCUCGGGGAGUUCAAUCCUGAUCUCUGCGCGGGGCAGGAACAACCAUUCUUCAACGAGCGUGACUCGGAAGCAUUCAGCAACGCCUCUUUUGCGCAGACAACAUGGCCUAUCACAGCCUUUGCCCCUAACUUCACCGUGGACUACGGACGAGAUGAGGUGUGCAUUGGGCGUGUCUGCAACAGUGACACACUCAUGCAGGUCUCAAACUUUCCGUAUCCCGCCAGUGUCGUUCCUGCAGUCCCAUUUGGUGGCAUCUACGGCUUAGCCCCUCCACCAUCGAAACGGACCGAAACAUCAGAGCCUGCGAACUACCAGGCAUGGCAGGAUGGCAACAUGGGACCCUUGGUUGGCUGGCAUACGUGCGCCACGUUGGCUUCGACCUCGAGCUGCCAAGGUGGUGAUGCUCAGCUCGUUUUUGGAGGUACAGAUACAAUCAUGUACGAUACGAAGAAGCUGCAGACGUACAGGAUCCAAAACCCAGAAUGGCUCAGCGACGCGUUUUACCCCGUUACGCCCCCUCGCAGUAACUACUGGAGCACUCCGCUUACGGGCAUGUGGGUCGAAUGUGAUGGAAAGAAGUCCAAGAACUAUGCUGUUCCUUUCAAGUCUAUCAAGGGUGAUAAAAAGACACCCCCACUAGCUGUUGUGGACGAAGGAUCCGAAGGACUGGGCGCUCCACUUUCGCUCAACGGUUACAUGUACCUUGUCAAGAAGACUGGCGCCAAGCCGGCCUCCGCCGCUGUCAUCGCAAAGAUUCUUAGUCAGGGAUCUACGGGAUACAACACCGAUAAGCAGGACUGGUACACUGUAUCCUGUAAGGAUCUGGACAGAUAUCCUGAUCUUGUUUAUGAGCUGGAUGGAGGGAAGAAGUACACGAUUUCUCCCGAUGAUUACGUAACGCGUUUGGAAAACAUGACCGGAUCUGUGUGCUAUCUCAAUAUCAACGUGUGGAAGUAUGGUCGUACGAAUACGGGAGAUGCAAAGGUGGUUCUUCUGGGUAGGGCAUUUCUCAAGAAGCAAUAUCUUGUGCUUGACUUUGAGCAUCGUACUUUUGGCCUUGCACCUCUUCGUACAGGGUAG